CCGCCGGCGGAAGAGCGUGAGCGGAUGGACAAGGAGGCGCGAGCGCGGGAGCAGCAGGAACAGAGCCAGCUGCCAUACCAAUGGGUGCAGACGAUCCAGGACCUCGAUCUCACGGCGCCUGUUCCGGCGCACGUGAAGGGGCGAGAUAUGGAAGUCAGCAUCACCAAGACCAGCCUCAAGGCGGGCAUCAAGGGUCAGGAGCCUCUGAUUGAAGGCACGUUUCCCCACCCCAUCAUCGUCGACGAGUCGGCGUGGACGCUCGAGAGCAGCAAAGACGGCAAGGAGCUGUCAAUUCACCUCGACAAGGCGAACAAGAUGGAGUGGUGGGCGCACGUGGUGACAUCGGCGCCCAAGAUCGACACGGCCAAGAUUGCGCCAGACAACUCGAAGCUGAGCGACCUGGACGGCGAGACGAGGUCGAUGGUGGAGAAGAUGAUGUAUGACCAGCGGCAAAAGGAGAUGGGGAAGCCUACGAGUGACGAGCAGAAGAAGCUGGAGUUGCUGCAGAAGUUCCAAGCGCAGCAUCCCGAGAUGGACUUUUCGAAUGCGAAGAUU